UUCAGAUUUUGAGAAGUCUAAAACCUGGAAGUGUGUCAGUGGCCUAUUCAAUUUGCCCUAUUGGGACUUCAAUUUACUUCGUCACAAUCUUGAUAUCAUGCAUAUUGAGAAGAACGUAUGUGAGAACAUAUAUGGAACACUUCUAGGGAUAGAAGGUAAGACCAAAGAUAAUUUAAAGGCACGACAAGACCUAGAACAUAUGAACAUUAAACGAGAGUUACAUCCACAAAAAAAAACCUAAUGAUAAGUAUUAUCUCCCACCUGCCUCCUUUAACCUAUCUAAAGAAGGGAAGCAACAAUUUUGUAAAGUCCUUCAUGGUGCAAGGGGUCUGAAUGGGUUUUGAGGAAACAUCUCAAGAUGUGCAAAUGUUGUUCAAGGGAGAAUCUCAGGCCUUAAAAGUCAUGAUUGUCAUAUACUAAUGCAACAUUUCCUGCCACUUGCUAUCCGAGGUCUACUCCCAGAUCAUGUCACGUCUGUGUUGUUUGACUUGUGUGGGUAUUUUAGAGAAGUGAGUGCAAAAGUCCUAUACAUCAGCGAGCUUGAGAAGUUGGAGGAGCGAAUCAUAAUGACAUUAUGUCAUAUGGAGAUGAUAUUCCCGCCAGGUUUUUUCACUGUUAUGGUGCAUUUGGUUAUGCAUCUAGCAACAGAGGCAAAAGUAGGUGGCCCAGUGUGCUACCGUUCGAUGUGGUUUGUGGAAAGGUAUAUAGGUAAGUUGAAGUCGAAUGUCCGUAACAGAGCUCAUCCUGAAGGAUCUAUCGCCGAAGCAUUUUUGGCAGAUGAGUGCAUGACAUUUUGUUCAAGAUAUAUUGUCGGUUUUGAGACUAAGCAUAACUUGGCUUCGAGGAACGAAGAUGACGAGGAGUGGGUUGGGAAUCAUGAUAUUGCACAUGGAUCAAGAUUAUUUCCUCAUUCUGGCAAUCCACUUGGAAGGCCUAGGAAUUAUGUUCUGAGCGGUGUGGCUAAAGUACAGGCACAUAGAUAUGUCUUGUUCAAUUUCUCCGAUGUGAACUCAUACCUUAGAGCUCAUGCUGAUGAGAUAACUAAUGGACGCAAUUUAAACCUUGAUGUUGUUGAGAGGAUUCAAAACGAUAAGUUCCACGAAUGGUUCCAAGCUCAUGCGAAUCAAGUGUUCUAUGUGAAAGAUGAAUUGAAUCCAGGUUGGUUUGUGGUAAUGAAGUUGCCAAAGCCUAGAGAUGUAUAUGACUUAGGUAACUUGGAAUGGGUAGAGGAGACAGAAAACCAGUCAUUUCAUGUUUCACAGCUUGGAGAGAUUUUAAAAAGAAAGAACAAUGACCAACACUGGGUUAGAACAGACGUUGAGGGGACAAUAGUGGAUGCUACUAGUGCUUCGAGCACCGAAGAAUAGUUGAGGUUAGUAGCAACAAGGUAUGCACUAUGUUCAGGUUUCGACUGCAUGCUACAUGGAGGCAUAGAGGGGGUGGUGGCAUGUGUGCUUUGUGUUGGUACAGAACUGCUUGGUGGCUUCGUGCAGAGUAGCUAACAAACUUGCUUGACGAUAUACUAAUGUGUGAGACUAUGUGUUGGUCAAAACUUAGUGUACUCUUAUAUUUAUGCUUGAUAAUUUGGUUCGCUAUGA